CCAAUUCUCAAGAUAGCAUCCUAACAAGUUCAUAAGAUCAGAGUCCACAAUUUUGCAGCACUUUAAUUUUCCUACCGUCUUCCAUGAUGUCAAAUCAAGAUAAAACUAUUAUUACCAACGACUAUGAUCCCGAUAAAUUAGCGUACGAUGUUUUUCUUAGUUUUAGGGGAGAAGACACACGCUACUCCUUCACAGGUUUUCUCUACGAUGCUCUAUUCAGGAAGGGAGUGAGAGUGUUCAUGGAUGAUGAAGAGUUGAAGGGAGGGGACCGAAUCGCGCAAUCUCUGGUGAAUGCGAUCCAGCAAUCAAAGAUUUCGAUUGUUGUUUUCUCUGAGAAUUAUGCAACUUCAAGGUGGUGCCUUGAUGAACUAGUGGAGAUCGUUGAGUGUAUGGAGUUGAAGAAGCGAUUGUUGGUUUGGCCAAUCUUUUACAAAGUGGCACCGUCUGAUGUGAGGCAUCAGAGAAAGAGUUACGCUGAAGCCAUGGCUGCACAUGAAGAAAGGUUCGGAAAUGGAUCUGUUAAGGUCCACAAAUGGAGAUCAGCUUUAUCUCAAGUUGCUAACUUGAAAGGAUGGUCUUACCAAACAGGGUAUGAAUAUGAAUUUAUACAUGAGAUUGUGAAAAGGGUGACUACUAAGUUACAGCAUGAACAAGUAAAUCUUGGAGAGCACCUAAUUGGACACCAGUCUCGCAUAGAAGAACUGAGGUCACUUUUAGACAUUGAAUCCCAAAGGACAGUUUGCAUGCUAGGAAUUUAUGGAACAGGAGGAAUUGGCAAAACAGCACUUGCCAAGGCUCUUUAUAACACAAUUAUCCAUAAAUUUGAAUGUUCAAUCUUUCUUGAAGGUGUUAGAGAAAGAUCAAACAGUUAUAUGGGCCUAGUAAAUCUCCAAGAGGCUAUUAUAUCUAAGCUAUAUGAAGGGGAAAAUAUAAAGUUGGAGAAUGUUGAUGAUGGCAUCACUAAGUUAAAAGAUACAUUGAAGCAUAAGAGAGUUCUUUUGGUACUGGACGAUGUUGAUAGCGAGGAUCAAAUAAGAAAUUUGGCAGGCGAGCGCAACUGGUUCGGUUCAGGGAGUAGAAUCAUCAUAACAACGAGGGAUAAACAUGUGCUAAACAUUGGUAAGGUUGAAAAGAAAUUCGAGAUAAAAAGGUUACAUGAUCAUGAAGCUCUUCAACUCUUUUGCUUAAAAGCUUUCAAAAUGAAUCAUCCUUUACCUGAGUAUAAAAAUGUGUCUAAUCAUGUAGUUCAUUAUGCCAAGGGCCUUCCAUUAGCUCUAAAAGUAUUAGGGUCUCAUUUUGCUAAUAAAUCCAUAAGGGAAUGUGAAUGUGCAUUGAAACAAUUCAAGAGGAUUCAACAGAGGAACAUACAUGACAUACUCAAGGUCAGUUAUGAUUGCUUAGAAGAUGCCACAAAGUGUGUAUUUCUUGACAUUGCUUGCUUCUUUAAAGGGGCUAGCUUGCAAUAUGUUGAGAAUGUUUUGGAGAAAUGUGACCUUUUCCCAUCAUAUAAUAUAGGAAGACUUGUUGAUAAAUCUCUGCUAGCUAUUGAAAAUGAUUGCUUAAUAAUGCAUGAUCUCAUUCAAGACAUGGGCAUAGAAAUUGUUAGGCAAGAAGCACCAUCAAAACUUGGUAAACGCAGCAGAUUAUGUUCUUAUGAAGAUGUUCUUAGAGUAUUGAGGGAAGAUUCGGGAAGCAGUAACAUUGAAGGAAUAAUGUUGGACCCUCCUAAAGAAGAAAAUGUAAUAUGGAGCGGCACUGCCUUUCAGAAGAUGAAUAAUAUUCGAAUUCUGAUUGUUCGAAAUACACAUUUUAUACCAGAACCUAGUUAUUUGCCGAAUAGUCUAAGGUUACUCGAAUGGGAUAGGUAUCCAUCAAAAUCUCUCCCAUCAAAUUUUCAUCCUAAGGAUAUUGUUGACCUUAGCUUACCAUGCAGUCAACUCAACUUGAAGAUGGAACAAUCAUUUCAGAAAAUGUUGCAUUUGACAUACAUGAAUUUGUCAAUGUGCCAAUUCAUAACCCAUUUUCCUGAUGCGUCUGGUGUUCCGAACUUGAAAGAACUUAAGCUUAACUACUGUCAAAAUCUGAUUGCCAUUCAUCCCUCAGUUGGUUUUCUUAUAAAGCUCAAACAUCUAAGCGCAUGUCAUUGCAUGAAUCUCAAACAUUUCUCACCAACAAUGUGGUUGCCAUCUCUACAAUAUCUCAACCUUGAUUCCACAAGUAUUGAGUUCUUCCCACAAACAGAGAAACCAAUGCAUGAGCCACUAGAAAUCACCAUGCAAAAUGAUCGAAUUAAGGAGCUUCCAAGUUCCAUUAGUAAUCUAAUGGGACUUAGAAAAUUAUACAUACGAUUCAAAGGGCUUGUUCCUGGAGGCUUACCAAAGGAUCUAUUCAUGUUGCUAGAGAUGGUAUCUUUCUCUAUUUUCGAUUCUCCUAAUGUCGGAGAAUCAUUCAAAAGAUUCCUAAUAGAUAAACCAGGAUGCUAUUCUCCUUUGAGAUUGUUGAAUUGUAGUGCUUGUGGUUUAACCGAUGAAGAUCUUCACGCUAUUCUAUGUUGUUCUCGCAACUUGGAAGAGUUAUAUGUACCUUGGAAUGAAUUUGUGUGCCUCCCAACCAUCAUUAAGGAAUCUUCUAAAUUGAGAUAUCUUUGUGUAACUAAGUGCAAGAAGCUUUCGGAAAUACCAGAAUUGCCAUCAAGUAUAAAAAAUGUAGAAGCAAAAGAUUGCCCGAUCUUGUCUUCAAAAGCAUCUGAGUUGUUAUGGUCUCAGGCUUUAAAGGAAGUAUACAGGCUAGAAAUCAUAAUGCCAAAAAUAACAAUGAUUCCAAUUUGGUUUGACCACUGUAAUGAAGGGGGAGUUGUGUCAUUUUGGGCUCGUCAAAAGUUUCCUGUUCUUGCUGUAGCGUUUAUCUUGAAGGAGAAAGCAUCCAUGGGCUCCGCAAAUUUGUACAUUAAUGGUUGCAACGCUCGUCAGUUUAUUAGUAAUAACUAUUAUUGCCCUUACGUUAAUGCAGAGCAUGUGUUGCUAUUUGACCUACGCAGUUUGUUUAAGGAUGAUGAGGAGUGGAGAUUCCUCGAUACCUUUCUAAUCUAUGAAUGGAACUAUGUGGAGGUUAAAUAUGAAUGUGACAAUUUGCUUUUAAAUGAUGUGGUUGGAAUGUCUAAUGUAAGUCACUGUGGAGCUUAUGUGUACAAGGGACAAUCAAACAUGGAGGAUAUUCAAUUUCAGUGUCCUUAUUCAACAAUGUAGGGAACAAUAAGAUCGGUAAUCCCCAGAUGAUGAAGCCUUUGGUGAGGACAUGAGCUGAGGAGACCAUAAUUGCCUUAGAUUUGAGAUUCAUGUAAAGUUUUGCUGUUGGCUAGUUGAUUUCUACUCCAUCACUUGUUUGAACAAAUCAACAUGUCGCAUGGUUAGUUAUAUAACAAUAUCUUGUUUUAUUUUUUUUUUUUUGUAACUGAUGAGAUCCUCCAAAGAGAAUGAUUGAAUUGUCUUUUAUUAGGGGUGGAAAAAUGUCAGUUGACUUACUAGGCUAGUGUGGACCUUGGCCUGUAUUUGGCCUGAUUUAAUAGAAAAUAGGCCCAAACUCAAAUUA